AUGUUCUCCGCCGUAAGACGUCGAGGUGACAACGGUGUGUCAGCUCUGAGAGUUUGCGACACACUGCUCCGCCGUAAGGCAGGGGACGACAAAGCAUCGACUCCGGGAGUCGAUGCGACAAGUUGUGCGGACGGUUGCAAACGUCCAGCACUAAAGCUUGCGUGCUGUCGUGCAGUCGGGCUGCACGAAGCAGGGCGCGAACAAGCCGGCCUUGAUGACAAGUGUCCGCGGGUACAAGAUCAAGCCUGCGGUCGCCCGCAGACUAGAAUGUCUGCCGGCGGUAUCAAGGAACGUUCGUCCAUGGCCGGGCCUGGACGAAACGCAAGUGAAUCAGGGACUCACAAGAAGAAACGACGGCGCAAGCACAAGACGCUGCGCAAGUCUCGGUCAGGGAUUGCGACCCUUCAUGGUGUGUCUGCCGGGCAGACACAA